UCGCUUAGAUGCAAAACUGUCCAUGUCCACUUUUUAAAAAAAAUGAGUUGGCAACUCUGGAUUGUAGUUUUUCACAUGCUUGAAAUGCUAUUUAUGCUCAAAGCUCUCCAUGUCCUAUGGAAAACAGCUCACGAAAAGUGUGGUUCGAUUCAAAACUGUCCAUGUCCAUCAGUAAGUUGGGUGCAAAACUUGCACUUGUGUGUCCUCUUACAGCUGUUUAUUCUGAAAGUUAUACACAUUUUUCAUCUAAAUAAAUCAUAAAUUAUGGAACCUAAUCAAGGCAUGACAGAAAGACAAUCUGACCGUUUUAGGAAGCAGGUACGCUGUGAAGACCAGUGGAAACGAAAUAUGGCAAAAUUGAAGAGAUAUUUGUCAAAAGGACUUCCUGAGUAUCCAAAAUGGAAAGGAGCCAUUCAAAACGUCACUAAACCCGCAGCAUCAUUCCCCCUCCAGAUAAUGAAAGUAAAACAAGUGAUCAUCAUCUGUGAUUAUCAGAAUGCUAUAAAAGUCCAAGGGGAGCCUAAUUAUAAUUCUGAAAUCAACCUACCAGUGUCCGUAUGGAAACGUGGGAAACACUUAGGACACAUAAACUCGAGCUGCAUUACAAACACGGUUGUCCCUAUUAAUGAAAUGAAACUGGAGGAUGUUUCAAAACUCUUGGAGAAACACUACUGUGAGUCCUGGAGAGAAAGUGAAUCCCUGUCGUGGUACAUGACAUUACUAGGUUCCAGCGGAUCAGGGGCAUCAGUUAAAUCAGAAUGCCUAGCAGGAGAAGAUGAAGACAUUGUUCCAGAUAUGAUGUAUUAAGUGGAUUGCAGUUUGUCAGUUGUUACACCAU